CGCUGCUGACCCAGAUGCAGUCACUCUUGUUUUCGGAGGCGUGGUGCGGUGACGACUACAGGUUGACGCGCUCAGUGCAGGAUGAAGCUGUUGCAUCUGGCGGUGGUGGCGUGCGCGCUGGGCUGGGCGGCGUCUCAGGACGCCUACACCCAGGGCGUGGUGAACGGAGCGACGCUGGCGUUGGCCGGCACCGCUGUGGUCGGCCUUGGCGCGCUGGCCAUCAAACAGCAUCAGAGUCGGAGGAGGAACAGAUACCGGUACGCUCCGUACUACGGAGGAUAUUACAAUGGCGGAUACGGUGGAUACAACGGAUACUCCCCUGGCUAUUACCAGCCCCAGUACUACCGCCGCCGCCGCUCAACUACUGGCACUGGCGAGGUGGAGCAGGACUUCGAGAAGAUUAUGGGUCAGGACAAGGACCAGUGCGGCAUGCGCGUAGUCUGUGAGCUGGAGGCCCAGGCGGCCCUGGGGGAUGACGUCGACGACUUCGGCAAGCUGAUCAUCAGCCUGUUCGGCUCGAAUCCGGCACCUGUUCCCACCUCCGCCCUGGACACGGCACGGGGCCGGUACAACUACGCCGCCUACAUCGGCUCCAAGAGCGACCCCGAGACGUGCGCCGAGCUCUACUCGACCUGCCAGUUCAGCAGCAAGUCGAUCCUGCAGCUGGUGGAGGCGUCACACCAGCCGAGGCUGCUGAGUGUGGUGCCAGCGCCAGUCGCCGACGCGCAGUGAGGCUGAGUGUCUUGCGUAGUGUUCGACUGGCUGACAGCGCGUCUGUAUGAGAAGGUCUCAGCUUAAGCUCUCGAUGAGCCGGUAUUCCGUCGGCCUCCAGCGUGUCUUCGUAUGACAAACGGGAGGCGGGUGCGUGAUGUUGCAGGCUGGGGUGGCGCAUGUGUGUACAUAAGCACGGCACUUUAAAAUGCGUUUUAGAAACUGCACUAUUUGCGCCUUAAUGCUGGCUAAGCCAGUCAUGUUUUACAAUAUGCUGAGCACGAGCUGCUCUUAUCUGUCCGAGCGUAGCUACGCAGAAGCUUAAAUUAUGAAAAGGGGAAGGAUUAGAAAGCCAAUGUACGAUUGGCCCGGAUUCUCCUUAUUUACGUCGGGCUGGCGCGACUGCAGCGAGGGCUGACCAUGCUGCCCAUAUAAGCAUGCAACAUUGCACACGUAUCUCUGUCUAUGUGCGCGGCGGCUGACUGCAUAACCAUAUCUCGUCGCGUAUACGCCGCUGCGCCCUGCAAGUUUCAGCGAUUGUUUUACUGUUCGAUGCUUAUCAACGCUAUUGUUCUGUUUUGGAAGUCCAUCUGCUCUUUGUGAUGCGACCAUGCCAUUGUGUGUUAUGAGUUGGUAUACUGUUUUGUCCGUUCACCUAUGGCUUUAAUGUUUUUCGAGUACAUGCUCACCUGAAACAGC